AUGCAAAGUCCCAUUGGCAGCGUGUUUCUUGGAGACGUCCAGCGCAUCCGCCUCCUCUCCACUCCGCCCUCGUCCACCCCUCCGUCCUCGCCCCCGCCCCACCUUGCGUCCUCGGCCAUGAACAGCAUUCACGACCUCGACCUCGAUGUGGUCGAACAGCCAAAACCUCUUCCGAAGCCCCCAUCAAUUCCGCCUGUCCUCUCUCUUGACCUGCGCCUCCGAUGGCUCGAGACACUUUUGUACGGCGCGCGGACAGACACGGCCAGCGACCGAAAACACACAGACCUCAAGGCUGCGGGUUCCCUCGCCCGGCGCGCCGAGGAGCUCCAGCACAAACUGGACGCCGUCGUGCACGGCAAUGAUGGGCUGCGCAAGUUCAUGGACCACUACGAUCAACACGCGCAGUACCUCACCCCGGCCUUCGCGCUCUCGGGUGCGCUGCCUAGUGCUGAGCCUACAUAUGACAACAUGUCACCCGGGGAGCUUGAGGCGUUCCUGACGGAAAUGGAGUCCGACAUACGCGCGGCAGAACGCGACAUGCGCGAGAUCAAGUCCCUCGAGGAUCGAGAUGUCCUAGGUGCCGGCAAGCUCGCAGACUACGAGGGCUUGCAGCCCCGUUUGGAUCUUUUGCUAAAAGCCCACAAAGAGGAUGCGGAACUUGCGGUCGCGCUCGAAAGACGAAUCGCGACACUCAUGGAUCAGUAUGCCACCCGCGUAGACACCCUUUCCGAGCUGUUUGUCGCGUGGGAUGACACCCUCCGCGACUCGGAAGAUAAGGUAGGCAAGGCUGAGCGUGAUAGAGACGAAAGAAGGAGAUUAGGCUACGAGUAG